UAUCCCUACGCCGUUGGUAGACGCUUCACCACCGCAAGGCCGCCCCGCCUCCCAUUGCCCCCCACACCCACUCGCCAACCAAUACCCACUGUCCACCGUACCCUCCGAGUGCUCCGACUUGCAAAUGCGGAGAGGACGACUCCCAGUGGCUAUACUCUCGGCCUUCCUCAGUCUUUUUACUGUUAGUGAAGUAUACCAACACUUUGGCCAGAACACCUCGUCGGAAGGCUUGGAAGAGAAGGAAUGGAUAGCAAGCUCCAGGUCGUGGAUGGAGCGGAAGACGUGCCAAUGGUUCGGGCUGUGCGGCGUGACACACCUGAAUAGCUCUAAAUGGAUCAACAAGCAGCAUCGCAAGGAGGGGCUGCACCGAGUGCAAGAAGCGCUUGAGGGGGCCAAGGACAAGAUGCUGGACUUCAGCGACUUCUGGACGAGCGGCAAGGCACGGCCCGAGGACUGGAGCGCCGACGAGCGCCGGCUCCGCGAGAUCCCGCAGUACGUGCUGGACCACGCGCCGCUGGUGCACCUGUUCUCGGGCGAGCAGUUCUGGCCCUGCGACAUUGCCGAUCACCUCAUCCACACGACACCCCACCUCAACUACACGCCACUGCAGGCUUCAUCGGACCACCCCAACCUGACCAACCUCGACGACCUGAACCAAUGGGGCCGCUUCGUCUACUUACAAAGCGACGACAAUGUCGAAGAGCGCCCGGGCUGGCUCGGCGGCGAAAAUAAUGUCCCCACUAAGCCUGGCGGGCGCGACGACGACGACGACGACGAUGCCGAGGAAGUGGGCUGGGCGGACUGGGACGGCCGCAUCGACGGGGAACUCCCGGACGACCUUGCGGACGGGCGAAAACCGUGGUACGAGGCCGGCAUCGGCGACACCAAGGACAAAGGCGGCAUCCGGCCGAAUCCGACGAUGCCGAGCCAGGCAACACCAACCGACACAACAGAAGGCGAGGAGUACAUUGACGAAGACGACUGCGCUGAGGAUGAGGCGGACGUAUCCGUGCACCUCCGGCGGCGGUCGUUGACGUGGGCGACGGGCAAGCGCGGAACGACGCCCGGCGGACGCAGCGAAGCGCCCGCGGUGCUCAUCGUCGUAGACAAAGGAAACGGCGUCGUCGACGCGUUUUGGUUUUAUUUCUACAGUUACAACCUCGGAAAUGUGGUGCUGAACGUGCGGUUCGGCAACCAUGUCGGCGACUGGGAGCACAGCGUGGUGCGCUUCCAUAACGGCAAGCCCAAGGCCGUCUUCUUCAGCGAGCACAACUUCGGCGAGGCGUACGCAUAUGAGGCGGUGGAAAAGAUCGGGAAGCGGCCCGUCGGCUACAUCGCCAUCGGCACGCACGCCAUGUACGCGACGCCGGGCACGCACGCCUACAUCCUGCCCUGGGGCCUCCUGCACGACGUGACGGACCGCGGCCCGCUGUGGGACCCUUUGCUGAACGCGCACAGCUACACGUACGACUACGCGGCGGACAAGUUGCGCGCCAGCGCCCUGACGCCCCAGGCUCCCACUAACUGGUUCUACUACAAGGGCCACUGGGGCGACAAGUUCUACCCGCUCAGCGACCCGCGCCAGUAUCGCUUUGCUGGGCAGUACCAUUAUGUCAAUGGCCCGUUGGGCCCGCGGCAUAAGAAUUUGGGCCGCAAGAGGAUUUGUCAGGGUAAUGGCGAGUGCAGGAUUAAGACUUUUGUGGAUGUGCCCGGGGGAAGGGCGCGCCGGUGGGUCGGGCGGGGAGCGGGUGAGUUGGAGGAAGAGGAGGGGACCGAGACGGAGGGAGAGGUUUGAGUGAGUGUGUGUGUGUGUGGUGUGGUGUGGUGCGGGCGGCUGCGCGGCGGAGCGGAGUGUGCACUCAACGGGACGGGCCGUGAUAUCGGCUGCCACUGACACUGACACUGACCUUGCCUUCC